AUGCACGUCCUUCUGAGUAAAAAAAUAGCACGCUUUCUGUUGAUUUCGUUUAUUUUCGUAGUUGCGCUAAUAAUGGCAUUGAAACAUCCGGCGACAAAAGAGAUCUCUGGGCAAUAUCUCGGGCCAUAUCUUCCAGAAUCCUUCCGAUCCACUGCUAAGAUUAGUGUAGAGGAGCAAAGACGGAUACAGCGUGAAAAGGAAGAAGCCGAGUUAAAGCAAUCUUUGGAACAAGCAGCCAUUAAGAACGCCACCGAGUAUGCUAUCAAGGAAAAGAUCAAGUCGUAUGGUGGUAACGAAACAACACUAGGGUUUAUGGUUCCAUCUUAUAUAAAUCAUGGAGGGUCGCCACCAAAGGCAUGUUUCGUCUCGUUGAUUACUGAUAAGGAUCCUAUCGCCCAAAUCAUAGAAUCUAUUAGUAAUGUGCAAGAAAAAUUCAACAAAAAAUUUGCGUACCCAUGGGUCUUUAUCAGCCUGGGAAAGCUUGACGGAAGUAAGGAAAAUAUGAUUUCUCAGACCAUUACUGAUACCAUGAAUGGUGAUUCUAAAGUAGUCGAUAUAAAAUUUAUUUCUCUUUCCCCAGAGGAAUGGGUAUACCCUGAAUGGGUUGAUGAAAAUAAAGCAGCGGAAUCAUUAAUCGCGCUAGCAAAUAUGCCGGAUGGUGAUUCCAGGGCUGUAAGAUACCAAGCUAGGUUUUGGGCAGGGUUUUUUUGGAAACAUCCAUCUUUGAAAAAUUUCGACUGGUAUUGGAGAGUAGACCCUGGUAUUAAAUUGUACUGUGAUAUUGAUUAUGACGUUUUUAGGUGGAUGCAAGACAGGGGGAAAGUAUUUGGGUUCACAUUGAGCAUGAGUGAGGCUAAGGAAGCCAACGAAAAAAUUUGGGACGUUACCAAAAAAUUUGCAAAAGAUUUCCCCAAAUAUAUCAUUGAGGAUAAGGAUAACUUCAAGGCAUUUAUAACAAAGAAAGACUCGGAUGAUUUUAACAAUUGUGAAUUCAAAUCAAACUUUGAAAUUGGUAAUUUGAACUUUUAUAGAUCACCCGCUUAUAGGAAUUUUUUUGAUGUGAUUGACAAAGAAGGUGGUAUAUUUUACUAUAAAUGGAGUGAAUCUAUAAUUCACACAAUUGGGUUAUCAAUUUUGCUACCAAAGGAUAAAAUAUACUUCUUCGAGAAUAUUGGAUUCCAUUACGAUAAGUACGAUAACUGCCCCCUAAAUGAUGACAUUUGGAGUCAAUAUAAAUGUGAUUGUGAUCAAGGAAACGAUUUCACGUUCAGAAGUGGAUCGUGUGGUGAACAUUACUUCGACAUCUUAAAAAAAGAUAAACCGGAAGGUUGGAAUAAACUACCAUAA